CACUAGGUCGAGUCGAGGAGGAGGAGGAGGAAGAGGAGGAGGAGGAGGGAUGAGGCGCGCGGCGGAGGGGAAAUGGCUGCCGAAAACAAGCCGGAAGGACUGAAGAAGAUAAGGAAUCCAGAGCGAAUGGUCAGGAUCGCUGUUGGUUACACGGGACACACCCCUCCCAAGAGUGAUGACACCGACGCCAACAGUGAGCCAGGCCAGUUGAAAAUCUACCUUCCCAAGAAGCUCCUGGAGUGUCUGCCCAAAUGUUCCUCUCUGCCCAAGGAGCGCCAUCGCUGGAACACUAACGAGGAGAUUGCUGCCUAUCUCAUCACUUUUGAGAAACACGAUGAGUGGCUGACGACAUCGCCAAAGACCAGGCCUCAAAAUGGCUCCAUGAUCCUCUACAACCGCAAGAAGGUGAAGUACAGGAAGGAUGGAUACUGCUGGAAGAAGAGGAAAGAUGGGAAGACCACCCGAGAGGACCACAUGAAGCUGAAAGUCCAGGGUGUGGAGUGUCUGUAUGGCUGCUACGUCCACUCCUCCAUCAUCCCCACCUUCCACCGUAGAUGCUAUUGGCUGCUGCAGAACCCAGACAUCGUGCUGGUGCACUACCUGAACGUUCCAGCGGUGGACGACAGCGGGAAGCCGUGUGGCCCCGUCCUCUGCUCCAUCAACACUGACAGGAAGGAGUGGGCCAAGUGGAGCAAGGAGGAACUCAUCGGACAACUCAAGCCCAUGUGUGCUGGAAGCAGCCUCCACCAGAAAUGCUCCAGUGUCAAGCAGCGCAUCAUCUCCUCCAAGCAGGAGUCGGGGGCAGCAGCAGGAGGUGGAACCACGGCUGGCACGGGAGCCACAGCAGCCCAGAGAUCCGAGGAAGCAGACGGCACAGAGGUUCAGAACAGCGACGUGUCGGAGGGCCAGACCGAGCCCAGCCCUGGAGGGCGCAGGAGCAGAGCAGGUGGAGGAGACCGAAGAAACGGCCGAAUAACCAAGCCCUCCCUGCUGCCGCAGAGUAGCAUGGAGGUGUCCUCCUCUACCUCCGCCAACCAGGUGGAAGUCCCCGACACCACCCAGAGUUCCCCACUCUCAAUCACCAGCGACAUGGCCGACAGCCCGGCACUCGCUAUCGGCGCCGGCCUGUCACAGAGCACUGCUGUGUUCAUGUCCGAGGUCACCACGCUGACCGGGGAUUCGGUUUACUCAACCGGCCACACCCACCUUCUACCGUCCGCACACGAAAGCGCAGCCACCGGCAUCCUAUUGGCUGUCGCCCCUGAGAACCAGAGGUUUGCGUCGUUCCCCGGCGGGGUCGGCUUAGGAGAGGGAGCUGAGCUGGUUCUUACCAGCUCGCUAGACUCUGCUGGAGGAGUUAGCCUUCCUGAAACUGCAAUGACCUUCGACCCUGACUGCUUCCUUAAUAACCCCAAGCAGGGCCAGACCUAUGGAGGAGGUGGAGGGAAGGCCGAGGGGUGUAACGGCAACGAUGGGGGAAUCCACUGUUCAUCCAACGGAUUUGUCUACAACCCAUCCCUUGUCAACAACAUCAAGAAGGAAGCGACGCCACUGGAGCAGCCCCUAGCCCCCCAGAGUAGUUAUGUGGGCGAGGGGACAGGCCUCAGCCCCAGCACCACCCUGGAGCAAAUGGACUUCAGCGCUGUGAUGUCGUCACCCUGCGUCCCAGGUCUAACCCAGUCUUCUCACCACCCUUCGCCCAAUCUCUUCCUCCAGGCCCCCGUGCACACAAACCAGACCAAUGGCACCGAGGAGUCGGACGAGUCCCAGUCCUACAUAAAUGUGCAGAGAGACACCCCCAUGACCAACGGGGAUCUGCACCCACACCUCCGCCCAACCAGGCAAGACCCUCAGGCCCUUUGUGGACACAGCAGAAAGGUGGGUCCUUUCCCCCUGACCGGCCAGGAGACAGACGUCGACCAAUCCAGUCAGGUGGUCGGCGUCAAAGCUGCUGAGAACGGAGGACAGUUGAUGCUCAAAUCUGGAGCCGCUCAUGACGCCUACGCGGACGCUGAGCACUACCUUCAAGCUACAGAUGACAACGGCGGGGUGGAGGAUGGGGGAGCGGGAGGAAGCGGGGAGAACGAAAUUCUCUGUAACGGCGUGAGCUUGUCAACAGCUGGUGGCUCUGUGGUGGCCAGUCCUCAGUCCGUAGGUGCUGGCGCAAGCAUGGAGAGGGCACUCUACAAUUCCUCUCUCCCGCCACAAGGUGGAGGCCUUUCAGCUACGGGAGCGGCCAUCAGCCUGGAAGGAUUCGAGGCUUCAUUCGGGAGCCAGUUCUCCGACCUCAUCAACGAUUUCAUCUCAGUGGAGGGUUCUGGGGGCGGUGUGGGGGCCGCUGUCGCCGGGGUUUUGAUGCCCCAGGAGGGGGCGGUCGGCGAGGAGCAGGGCACGGGGGCAGGCCACCUGCAGGGCUCAGAAGUGGAGCAAGGAGCCCUGGGAAUACUCCAGGAGAGCGGGAGGCUGUUUGGCGUGACAGACUACUCCCCAGAGUGGUCUUACCCAGAGGGGGGCGUGAAGGUGCUGAUCACGGGGCCCUGGUUGGAGUCCAGCAGCGACUACAGCUGUUUGUUUGACCACAUCAGUGUCCCUGCAGCCCUCAUCCAGCCUGGCGUACUGCGCUGCUACUGUCCAGCCCACGACACAGGACUGGUCAUGCUGCAGGUCGCCAUGGGCGGAGAGGUCAUCUCUUCUUCUGUGGUGUUUGAGUACAAGGCACGCGACCUUCCUGCCCUCCCAUCUUCUCAGCACGACUGGCUGUCUCUGGACGAUACCCAGUUCAGGAUGUCCAUCCUGGAGCGUCUGGAGCAGAUGGAACAGAGGAUGGCCGACAUAACCAAUCAAAACCCCAGCUCAGAAACCAUGGCAACCAAAAGUGGAGGGCUGGAUGAAGGCGGAGCCGCUGAGCAGUCUCAAACCUCUGCGGACCACAGCUCCUUUGAAGGUCGAGUGGUGGUUGUGUGUGAGAAGAUGAUGUCGCAGCCAUGUUGGGUCUCGUCCAAUCAGCUGGUCCACAGUAAGAACUCCAGGGGAAUGACCUUACUCCAUCUGGCCGCAGCACAGGGCUAUGCUGGCCUCAUCCAGACUCUCAUCCGCUGGCGAACGAAGCACGCUGACAGCAUUGACCUCGAGCUGGAGGUGGACCCUCUCAACGUGGACCACUUCUCCUGCACACCACUGAUGUGGGCGUGUGCUCUGGGUCACACCGAUGCAGCGCUGGUGCUGUACCAGUGGGACCCGCGAGCGUUGGCCAUCCCUGACUCUCUGGGACGCCUGCCGCUCAACAUCGCCAGAUCCCGGGGCCACACGCGAUUGGCUGAGCUCCUGGAGCAGCUGCAACAGAGUCCUCAGGCUCAAGGCCAGGCCGCUGAUGCGUGGAUGGACAGAUGGAGAGAAGGUUCUGAGCUCGCUAGAAUAAGCAACAGUCACUCUUCCAACGCUAACCCUGAGCUGAGGAGAACGAGGACAGAGAGCCAGUCCAACAACCAGUCCUGGACCCAGGCGGGACUCAGAACCUCACAGGCGACCCAGGGAGAGCAGACAGGUCCACCCCCGGCGAAGAGACUGAAAGCCACCCAGCAACAACUCUCUAGCUCCGCCUCCAGCAACCUCAAGUCCCGCCUCAGCCCGAGCGCUCUGCCCUCCCCUCUGCACGCCCAACAUCCCCCCGACUGUCCUCGGCUCUCCGCCAGCGCCCCCUUCUCCCACCUGCAGGCCAGGGUAGGGGCGUCAGCAGGGGGCGCCAGGUGGAGUCUGGGGCAGCGCAGCCUCGCCAGGAGGAUUGUGGGUAAAGAUCGACUGGCGGUCCACCUGCGCCAAAGAGUUGUGAGUGACAGGGGGGAGGAGCUGCUGACCUAUCAGGAGACCAGCCAGGACCUGCAGUUGGACAUUUCCAUGCUCGCUGAUCACAUCAUGGAGACGUCCACCGGUGGAUUUGAACAAGGGACUAUGGAGACUGACACCAACUCUGGAAGGCUUGGACUCAGUAGGGAUGUCAGAUUACUGUCUGGUUAUCUGGCUGAAGUGGAAAGGUUCCUCGAUGCCAAGCCCCAGACUCCUGGCCCUAAAGCAACCUCUCACUCAGGGCCCGAGGGUGAGCAGAGUCCCCCAGCAAAGCAAGACCUGUCCUCGGCCUUUGACUGGAACUCCUCCCUCUCCACAGCUAUGAAAGGGGAACGCUUGAAAACAGGCUCCUCCUCUUUUCUGGCCAUGACGGAAGCAGAGAAGAGAGCGCUGAAUGAGACGGUCAGGAACGCUCUGCACUCCCUUCGAAAACACAAGGGUCCUAUUCAGGAACAACGCAAAGAGAUUGCAGCAGUGAUCCAGCGCUGCUACAAGAGAUACAAGCAGUAUGCACUUUAUAAGAGGAUGACCCUGGCAGCCAUCCUGAUCCAGAGUCGUUUUCGGAGUUUUCACGAACAGAGGAAGUUCCAACAGAGUCGCAGAGCAGCAGUCCUCAUCCAGCAAUAUUACCGCUCCUACAGACACUCCCUUAGAGACCUUCUAACUAAAAAGCAGAACCAGGCUGCACGCAAGAUUCUGAGGUUCCUGCUCCGAUGUCGCCACAGCCCCUUGAUGGACCCUAGGCCCCUGAAGCGGGGUCAGAGAGCAGAAAAGGGGUCCUGAGAGCCUGGCGCAAGGCCCCGCCCACAGCCCGCUCAGCCUGUGAGCCGUGGCCUCGCUCCUUCAUCCUCUCCAAACUUUGCUCCUUCCUGUCCCCGACAUCCUCGUCGCCGCCUCCUUGCCCUCCGUCCUGUCUUCUCCUAAGCGGGAGAAAGAAAGAGGAGGCGUCCAUCACGGCAGCUCAGACUGACCACGGCCAGCCCCCGGGCAUUUGGCUCCGCCCACAGCGACCCGGGAGGCCGUCACAUUAACCUCAUGGCAUUCUUUGCACUCUUCAUGGGUACACAGGAGACCCGGCUGGCCAAGCCCAUGCAAACAUCCAAACAAUGACACGUCACACAACAACAACAACAACAAGUCACUUCUCUGUUGCAUUUGCAUGCAAGUUGUCCCUCCUUUUAUUUGGCUUUCAUCCCCGAGACUCUCGUGGCAACUCAUCAUCACCACCUGUCACCUGAUAUCAAAGGGGAGGAGCCACUUGAAUGUAGGAGGGGUCUGACUCCAUUUGUCCCUUGGCCAGCCUGGCGCGUGUGUGUGUGUGUGUGUGUGUGUGUGUGUGUGUGUGUGUGUGUGUGUGUGUGUGUGUGUGUGUGUGUGUGUGUUCCUGCAUGCUCCUGCAUGCUGGCUUUGGUGUGUUUCUUUUGUGGUGUGCCGGUGUCUCACCUUCUCCUCUCUCCUCCCGCCCUGCGUAAUGUGAACUGUGUACAAACAUUUGGGUGCUUUUCUUUUCAAAGAAAAAAAAAAAGGUUUAUUUAUUUAAGGGUCCGAUUAAUUAUCGAUCGGCUCAAGACUGAUUCAAGGGGAACUGCACUUUUUUGGAGGAAUUUUGCCCUUCAUUCACAAUCCUUAUGGGAGACUUUUUGGACGCAUUCUAACCAGUAAAUAAAUGCUCACGAUGCUCUAUUCUGCCUAUAAAUCGCUCUAAAAAAAACCCUCCAUUAAUGUUGUAUACACAUGCUGUCAUGUAAGUAUAUAUGUAUAGUAACAGGCACGUUCAUAGUAUUUACCUAUUUUGAUCAUUUUAAGCAUACGGCGGCACAUUCAUUUUAAGCAGACUUCAUGAGAGACAACAAACAUAAUAAAGCAUCACUUACUGGGAGGGUCAAAAAAAAAAUCAGAUUAAUCGCAAUUCUUAUUUGUAGCAAUUUUAAAAAAUCAAAAAUUUAUUUUAUUUAUUUUACAUUUUUUUAUUUCAUCUGUCCUGUGCAGCCACUGAGACAAAUCAUGUAGUAGAUGUAGAUGAUCUAUAUCCACUGUACACAUUUACUUUACAAAAGAUACUUCUCUUGCUGUCUUAUUUGUAUUUGACUUUAUUAAAUAUUUGGCUAGAAUUUGAUUAAACAAAACCAGUUUUCUUUUAAGUAAUAUAGAAAUUAAUCACAGCUGUUUAUCUAUUUUAUCGAGGACUGUAGUUCAUCAUAGAACUGGCCUCUAAUGUUAUUAAAACAUACUGAUUUUGAAUCGAGAAUCGCUUUGGCUCGAGAAUUGAUUCUGAAUCGAAUCGUUACCCCCAAGAAUCGAAUCAAAUCAUGUGGUGCCCAAAGGUCCACACCCCAAUCACUUACUGUACACUGUCUGCUCUCACUGGGAUAUUCCCGUUUAGAUGAAGAAUGACUCAUGAAAAAAAAAAGGGGGUGGAACCAAGCGUCUUUUCUGGUCUUUUUUUGGAUGCCAAAGUUCACCAACUCGUUGGAUUAUGGUUUAUGGUUUGAGUUUAGUUAGAACGUGCAUACAACAUGAUACAUCACAAUUACCAGUUUCUCUAUUCAACGUGUCGGAAAAGGAGUAGGAAGAAGCAGCGCUCAUUUAAUCCUACGCCUGUUCUCAAUUUGUUCACACUCCAUAAAUAAUACCAUUCUAAAAAAAAAUACAUAAAUAAAUAGUGAAGUAAGUUGUAUUUAAAUAUAAAUAAAUAGGAUGAUCAGUAAAUUCAGAAUGUUUAUCAUGUAAUUAUUUGUACUUUGUGAACACUUUCAGAGUUUCUUGAAGUGGAUUAUAUUAGUACAUUGUUUGACUUAUUUAUUCCAUCAUUUAAUUCCACAUACUGAUAUACUGAAUGUUUUAAGUGUUGUACGUGCGUACAAAUGUUUUAAAUUGCAGCUAAGAUUAUAUUUCUCUUCUUUAGUUGAGAAAAACUGUCUUACAUUCUUGGCUAGCAGGUUAUAGUUUGUUUUGUGCAUCAUUUUAGCUGUUUGCAAAUUCACUAUGUCGUUGACUUUCACUAUUUUUUAUUGAAUAAAUAAAGGGAUUUAAUGUUGUCUAUAUCCAACAUUAUGACCACUUUGGUAACACGGUUAGGGACUGAAGCAUACGUUCCUAGUUACAAUACCUCUAACACUACCAAGCAGUAGAGAAUAUGAAGUGAUUUUUGGUCCAAUACAUAUUUUAUCCCCAAUUGAAAUAUUUAUUGCCAACUUAUGUUGCAUAUUUUUACUUCAAGUUCAUUUCAUCAUCAAUUUUUACACCCAAACAUUUGAUUUAAUUUAUUCUUUCAAUGCCAACUUAUGUCCUCAUCCUUCUGCUAUCCAGGUGGGAGGCAUUAUUUAUAAACCUUCAAGAGCUCCGAGGCGAGAAAGCAGCUCGCCAGCCCAUGAUGUCAACAUGGCAGCACGACAGUGACUAAAACUGGUCCUGUUGUAGAUUUAGUUUUUAAGAGAACCUUAAUAAAUGUGCUUUCAAGACCACUUCAAAGAUCUUUUAUGCUUUAUAUUUUAGUCUACGAAAUGUACUGUUACUGUGGUCCACUGAAAUGUUGAGAAAUGUGGUCGACUAAAACAAUCAAUUUAGAUGACUAAAAUAUGACAAACUAAAAUACAUUUUCGUCAAAAGACUGUGACUAUGAUUAAAAAGGGCUGUCGAAUUUAACACUGUUGAGAAUAACUAAGACGAACAUUUUUAGUCAAAAGUUACCCCAGCAGGCACAAAACAUUUAAACACCGUUUACAACUUGUUGAAUCAGGUCCUGACGUUGAGUAACACAAAUACAACAUGCUUUUUGACAACGUUUAAUCAAUGUUGAGUUCUGACGUUGAUUUGACAUUGAAAUGUGGUCAUUUCCCAACCAAUAUCCUACAACACAAAUACAACGUUGAAUGAAACAACAUACUUUUUGACAACGUUUAAUCAAUGUUGAGUUCUGACGUUGAUUUGACCAUUGAAAUGUGGUCAUUUCCCAACCAACAACACGGAUCUAACGUUGGGCACCAACGUUGUCUCAGUUUACAAAUACAACUAUUUUGCAAGAUUGUCUCAAGGUCAGUUUCAGAGGGCGUGUAUGUACAAUCAACGUAUCAAUGUCUUGUGCCUGCUGGCCGCUGUCUGGACACUCAAAAAUAGUUUGUCUGCGUUAGCGCUCAUAAUAACAAUAUUGCUAAUAAUACUUGGCUAAUAUUCAAGUCAGGAAAUGUAAAUUAUUGUUGGCGCUUUUCAGAUGUUUUGAGAGAGACUUCUGGGCGGAGUAGAGUACCUCUGCUUGCCUCCAUUAGAAGCAGUAUUUAGUCGGAAUGCAUCACAACAAAAACAUGUCUUGUCUCUCUUAACGAUUGUGAAGGAUGGGCAAAGUUCCCAAAAAAGUGCAGUUCCCCUUUGGGCUGGAGAGCGGUCGCGCCCACCCCCCACCCCCCUUGUGUGCUAAAAUAUGACAUGUUGCGGUGGUUACUCGUCUCUGUUAGUUUGUUCUUUGUGUGAACCUCGAGAUCCUAACUGUGGUUUUGAGGAGAGAGUCACAUACAGUAACAUUGCCUUGACUUCUUCCCGACUAUGAGAGGUCUCUAUGCUCGCUCUGUACAGGACAGAACCCCAUAUUAGCCCGUGUGGGCAAUCAAAUCCAUAUUUUGGACUAUUGCAUAUUCCUGUAUAUAAACUGACGAGGUAAGGGGAUACGAGGACCCUGAAACUUUUUCAUAAGAGGACUGUAUUUAAGAUGAUAAAUUAUUUUACUCCCAUAAUGAGAACUUAAGGUAGAGACCCUGUAAAUAAUGUAGAUAUGACAAAGUCAGUCAUGUGCAUGAUAUUUAAGAAACAGCAAAAAGAAGAUGUGAGAGGAUUUGAAAUGGCUUCACCUUCAGAGUAUCCAGUAUAAGUGUUACUGAAAAGAACUUUUGGUUCAAGCAUGCAAAUGAAGAAAAAAAAAAAAAAAAAUGUUAGAAUGAAAUAAGUGGGAAAACAAAGUUAGCAAAACAUUAUCACGUGCUUUUGUUCCUUGGCUAGCAAAAAUCCAACACCUUUUGCCAGUAGUGCCAACUAUUAGGAAUGCUGUAAAAGUUGAGGUCGGGCGUACAGAUAUCAGCACAGUAUAGUCCUCGCUCGACUGUAGUUUGACCAUGCAAGGAUCAAAACAAGGACAGAUGCUCACCACAAAGGCUUGAACAUGAGGAGAAAAAAAAAGGGUGCUACGUUCUAUCAUAGCGUGGUCGUGCUUCAGCAACAUACUACCUUUAGUUCCUACAUCCUCACUGGCAGGACGCCUCCUUUUCACGCCCUUCACCCAUCACUUCGAUCUACUUUCCCCAUCAUCACUGCCAUCGUGUGCUGGAGGAUUCUGGGAAGCUCCGUUUAGGAAGUGCCUGCUCAGCAACAAAAUAUCAGGAAAUGUCUACUGUGUGUCCUCCAGAUGGUGUGUUCAGAGUGGUAGAGCUGGUCCGCACCCUCACUUAUUUGUCUGAGGUGUGAAUGGACGCAGGUGGUCUUGCGGUCUCACCACCACAAACAUGUGUGGCAGGACUUCCUGUGUCAAGUGUUCCCGUAGCAGUACCAUGAAAUAAGAAGGCGCUAGUUUUCCAGAAAACGCUCUUUUCCAUUCUCUCUCUGUCUCCCGUCUAGCUCUCUCUCUCUCUCUCUCUUACACACCACACACACACACACACACGACUGCACACAGUCCGACACGUAAGAAGGCCACAGUCUUUCUCUCUGUGCUCAUGUCUUUGGGAACAGUCCAAUCUCUCCCUUAGAUUUUACUCAGGGUCAAAGAACAGGGAGACGAUAUGUGGAGUGUCGCUAACACGACGCUAACACGACGCUAACACAACAAUACUCCGCUCGUUUUGUCUCAUUUUGUAAGGCGGUGAAUGUGAUCUGUCGGAGCUUUAUAUUUUUGUAAGUCAUUUCUAAAGGUCGUAAACGCACAAGAGGAAUACAAAGACGUAGAAGUGCUGUCCCCGGUCAUGUGGUAAAACACUCAUCUACAAUUGGAAGAUGUGUAAAAUGUGCAUUUCCCUGAUUCCUCUAUCACGUUUACAUUGUUGUACACAAACACACACUCUUGCACUUCUGACCUUCUUGAGACCGGACAAAAAUGCCUCCCUCUUUAGGACCACCCUUUCUAGAUAUAUAAAGAUUUGUAUUCACAACAUUAAUAAUAUAUACAAACUAUGCAAAUAUGAAAAAGGUGACAUUUUAGUAAUUUUUGUUGUUGUUGAAUUUUUUGUUUGUUAUUGUUUUUUAAUCUUUAUUAUUUACUUCAUGUUAUUACAGUAUGUCUCUAUAUACAUAUCUAUUUAUUUUUUGUUUUAAUUAAUUGUGGCCAAAGGGGGCGCAUUUCAAUGUUUUCACACACACUUGUUAUUACAAAUGUUGGCCAGAGGGGGAACACUUCAAAUUUUUACAAACACUUCUUAUUUUAUAUGUUGACCAGAUGGGGAGCACUUCAAUUUUUUACAAACCCUUGUUAUUACAUAUGUUGGCCAGAGGGGAAGCACUUCAAAUUUUUACACACACUUGUUAUUACAUAUGUUGGCCAGAGGGGGAGCACUUUUAAAAGCGACACAGUCAAUUUGAAAAAUCCCUCCUUUUUGGGACCACCCUCAUUUUGACCAGCAGGGGUACAAAUGAGACAUUGUCUAUUAGAUGCAAUGUUAUUGGGACCAUGAUUAAUGUUAUCACUUGUUCACACCUCCUCAUAUGGAAAAUACUUUUCCUUGUCUCAAGAAGGGUAGAAAUUCAAGAACACACACACACACACGCACACGCACACACACACAAGGUGACAUUCUUGCGCUUAUCAAUUCUCAGAAGGAAUGGCGAACACGGAGACGGGGUGAUCUUGUGUAGAAAUGAGAUUGCUGGUAAACAUGGGAAAUGAACAGUAUGACCUUCCAGGUGUUCACCCUAAAAGGGGGCGUGGCCAAAAGCAGGACAUUGCAUGCUGGAAUGGUAGACCCUUCUAGAUAACCUCUGACCUCUCCACUCCUCCGUCUUCCCUCGGUCUCACCUCCACCCUGCCUGCUGUCGUCUUCUCCAUCCUUCUCCAUCAUUCCUCUUCUUUUCUUCUUUGACUUCCUAAGUUCUUUUUUUUUUUGCAUGCACAAGCAUCACACAACUGCUGAUGUUUUGAAGAGAAUAUUUUUGUUGCUGAGGCCAUGCAAAGUGUUUUGAAUAUUGCCCUUAUAUGUGGAAAAUGUCCUCUGAAUGCUUUACAUAAUUUCUGCUGUAAAAUGAAAUCAGAAUAAAAAGAAAAUUUGCACUUUAA